AUGCGCCAUUUCAAUGAGCCAAGCCUACCUCUAGAUAAUCUCCUCGAUGCAGCAAAAGUUUCUCUAGCAGAAUUUGAAUCAAAUCUCAAUAUCAGACCCGAGAAACCAAAGACAGUGGUUCAACAUUGGAAACCACCAAUGCAAGACACCUAUAAAGUGAACUAUGAUGACGCGUGCUUUACGAAGACAGAUGAAGCUGGAAUAGGAGUUGUUGUGAGGAAUGAACUGGGCCAGGUUAUGACUUCCUUAACUAAAAAAAUUCCUAUGCCAUUGAGUGUGGAAGUCCUUAAAGCGAAGGCAGUAAGGAGGGCAAUGAUCAUCACUACAGAGUGGGGUUUUCAUCGGGCAAUUUUUGAAGGUGAUUCGGAGUUAGUUGUCAAGGCUUUAUUUGGAGAUAGUUCACACCAUUCUUGUAUUGGUCAUAUUGCUAAAGACUGUAAGUCUAUAAUGAGUUUUUUCCAAACCUGUUCUUUCUCUCAUGUUAGGCAGCAGAGCAAUAGGGUUGCUCAUACUUUAGCUAAGAGGGCUAGGAAGUCUUUUCCCCUAUCUGUGUGGAUGAAAUCUGUUCCACCAGACAUCUCUUACAUAAUUUAUGUUGAUGUAACACCCUAA